GACGUUUCAUAUAGCAUCCCAUACCGUACAGUCGUGCUGCAUAUAAUCUCUAUAUCUCGAAAGCAUAAAGAGGUUCCACCAGCAAGCAGACUUUUAGUUUUCGGCAAGGCUUUCAAUGGGUUUUUGGAUUUCACCGAAAAUAUUUUGGCAUGCCAAAGUCAACAAAAAUCAUUAGACCAUUGGACAUGA